UAUGGUUUUCGAUGAGCCUAACCUAAAAUAUAAAGUGACAAUAACAAAUCAUAUUCUUUGGUGAAAAUGACUAAAGUAAAAGAUAUUUCCGAAUGCAAACACCCCUGUAGUCGCAAAACCAGAGCAUUGCAAAGACAGAUCAAAAAAACUAACGUAAAGGAAAAGAAAAAACUUCAAGGUAGCAUAAAAAAUAAUUUAAUUGGAGAAAAACUCUUAUGGUUUCAAGAGCAGAUACAACAAAUAGAGACUUCAUUGACACCAGCCGUUGUUGAGGAGUUGAUACUUAGGUAUUUAAAUCGAUUCAAUGAAGAACUAGAACAAAUAGCUAUAAAGCAUUCUAUUGGCAACAGAAAAAAUAGACAACAUGCUAGUAGAGAAGAUAUUAUAAAACUAACAAAAAACAGAGAAGAAGAAGAAUUCAAAACAUGUGGACUUGAAAUACCAGAUUUAUUGAAUACUGAACAAGCAAAUCUUCUAAGAACAUGGAAUGGGGAAUUAAGAUAUCUACCUAACUUCAAACUGAAGAGGUAUACACAAAGCUUUUUUAAAUCUAAAAUAUAAAACAAUUAAUAAAUUUAUAUAAGAAA